AUGGCUCUUAAAAUUGGCAUUUAUCCCCACAAGAUGUCCUCUUUUCCAGGUUAUCAGCUCAGAUCUCACAAAGUUUCCAUGGCUUCAACUAUGCAUUCUCCAUCAAUGGAAUUGGGGAAUUCCAAGAAGCCAUUCACCCCUCCCCGGGAGGUGAACACCCAGAUCACCCACCCCCUGGCCCCGGAGAAGCGUGAGAUCUUCACCUCCCUCCACAAGUGGGCCGAGGACAACAUCCUCGUACUUUUGAAGCCCGUCGAGAAAUGCUGGCAACCCAAUGACUUCCUCCCAGAUUCUUCCUCCGAUGGGUUCGAGGAACAGGUCCGGGAUCUUCGGGACAGAGCCCGUAGCCUCCCGGAUGAUUAUUUUGUCGUUUUGGUGGGGGACAUGAUCACGGAGGAGGCCCUACCCACAUACCAGACGAUGCUCAACACGCUGGAUGGGGUCCGGGACGAGACUGGGGCGAGCCUCACCCCUUGGGCCGUGUGGACCCGAGCAUGGACUGCCGAGGAGAACAGGCACGGCGAUUUGCUCAACAAGUACCUUUAUCUCACUGGCCGUGUCGACUUGAAGGAGAUCGAGAAGACAAUUCAGUAUCUCAUUGGGUCAGGGAUGGACCCGCGCACGGACAAUAACCCGUACCUGGGCUUCAUUUACACGUCCUUCCAAGAGCGAGCCACCUUCAUCUCGCAUGGGAACACAGCCAGGCUGGCCAAGGAGCAUGGGGACCUCAAGCUGGCCCAGAUCUGCGGGAUAAUAGCGGCUGACGAGAAGCGGCAUGAGACGGCCUACACGAAGAUUGUUGAGAAGCUGUUUGAGAUCGACCCGGACGGCACGGUUCUGGCACUAGCCGACAUGAUGAAGAAGAAGAUUUCAAUGCCGGCCCACCUUAUGUAUGAUGGGAAGGAUGACACUUUGUUCGACCAUUUUGCUUCGGUGGCACAGAGGCUUGGAGUUUACACGGCUAAGGACUAUGCUGACAUACUUGAGUUCUUGGUGGGGCGGUGGGAGGUGGACAAGUUGACGGGCCUGUCUGGGGAGGGGCGCAAGGCGCAGGAGUAUGUGUGUGGGCUGACUCCAAGGAUCAGGAGGCUGGAAGAGCGGGCCAGGGCCCGGGCCAAGGAGGGGGAGCUCGUGCCUUUCAGCUGGGUGUUUGGGAGGGAGGUUAGGAUUUGA